AUGAAUGCCAUGUUCAAGCUCAUGCAGGCUUCUGAGUUCAAGUUCAGUGAUGUACCAGGGUGUGUCGAGUGCACCAAGAAUGCAUUGCAUGCAUGCUAUGUAGCUGUUGAGCCAGGAGAGUACCUCACCCCUGCACUGUCAGCAUUCUUUGCCGAGAUGAAGGCAAGGGGGUUCGGGUUGUACAAGGGUCACACAAUCCACGAUGUGCCUGCUCAUCCUGAGGCCGAGGUGCACAAGCUGGUCUCUAAGUAUGCUGUGAAUCUCAUUCACCACAUCAAUGAGCGGUUUCCUGAUACCAGGUUCAUCAGUGCUUUGGCCCUAUUUGAUCCCCUGGAGUAUCCCGAUGUUGACCAGCCCAGCCUGGUCAAAUGGGGCAUUGAGAAGCUACAUGUUAUCCAGGAGUAUUUGAUAUCUUGCAUUCCCGGGGAGAUCCCCGAAUUAGUCAGGAGCGCGAGAUUAUGGCUAGCUGCUUAGAUGUGGAGUUGAGGUCACAGUUGAUGAACCAGAUUCGCACGCUGGAUUGGUGGCGAUUGCCGAGCCCUCCAUCUCUUCGGGUGUUCAGGUGUAUGGAUGAGGAGGGGUCCCUGAUGGCUGGAUCCGCCGCCUUGGACUUACAGUUCAUAUGGCGAAGUACAGUGUGGUAGUGGUGGAUGGUGCUAUAAGGUGAUACAUCGUAGAACUGACAAUGUGAUAAAGCGGCCCAGAAGCCUCCCACUCUGUAACAUUACAUUACAU